AUGGUGGUGGUGGGGAUGGUGAAGGUGGUGGUAGGGAUUUAUAAAUAUGAGGUGGGGGAGGAGAUUUUGCCGAACGUGGCGGAGACUUGUAGAUAUAAGAAGGUGGCGGCGAUGGACAUGGUGGUGGAGGGGACUUGUAAACAUAUGGUGGUGGUGGUGGAGAUGGGGAUGGCUGAGGUGGCGACUUAUAAAUAUAAGGUAGAGGAGGAGAUUUUUCUGGAGGUGGCGGUGAUGGAGAUGAUGGUGAUGGUGGAGGUGGCGACUUAUAAAUAUAAGGUGGAGGCGGAGAUUUUUCUGGAGGUGGCGGAGACUUAUAGACAUAAGGAGGUGGCGGUGAUGGAGAUGGUGGUGGAGGGGACUUGUUAA